AUGUCUUUCAAUUUCAGCAUCGACGAGGAACCAGCUAUCAGCGACCCUCUGGGAUUUAUGCUCGAGAGCCUUCAAGAGGACUCUGGGACCUCGAAAGCCGCUGCUCACUCUCCUUCUUCUGAUUCCCUCCCAGCCGAAGUACCUUCUGAGACAGACGAAGACGCCGACGACAUUUCAUUCAGCCCUCGCCGCCAACCAACCUCAACCGCUGGUCAAUAUCCUAGCCCGCAGGAGAGUCAAACAAAUGCUACGUAUGAAAAUACUCCAAUUGGUGUAACCACCGACGAUCUGCCCACAAUCCCUGCCGGAAAGCGCCAUUCUACUCUGCAUCACUACGAGGAAAUCCCCGCGCGUCGGAACUGCACUGGCAGACCGACGGAAAUGGCCAACCUAUCCGAAAGCCUCUCCAUCAAUUUCACUACGCGCUGGGUUUAUCCAGACGCGCGGGUCCAUGGCGAAGACUCCAUGCCUUCGGUGCUCGCAGGGGAAAGGGGUCUGGAAAACUUGCACCGUGGAGGACGGAAGUUUAGUCAAAGAGUCUGA